GCAUUACCAUCGUCAAUCAUGACAUAUAACGCAAGGAAAAAGGCCAGAUAGAGGGAAAGUCACAUACAAAGUCCUCCCUUCGCCUGAGGUUAGUUACUUCUUGCGGGGAGUGUUGCCUUUGGGCGAUCAGUGUAAUUCUCCCAAAGGACUUCACAGUGUCUUACAAACCAAGACUUCUUCUCAAAUGUUCCACAUAUCCCUUGCUCUUGCCAGAAUCACCAUUCCACUGAAGGAUCGGCCAUAAAAUCGCCAAUAUAUAAGAAUAGUUGGCAACGCGCAUCAGCUGGGGGGAGGGGUCAGGCCAGAGCGUAAACGUUGCGGGUUGGAGGAAGCAAGGCGCUCACAGUCAGCGUAACUUUGUGGUCGCGAAAGGGAUGCGCGAGGGUGACUGCGCUUCCUCCUCCACUAUUUUCAUCCUUUACGGAGCCGUGCUGUCUCGUCUCUCGUUUUAGCACCGGGAGAAUGAUAUGAAAAAAUAGAAAAACGGAACGUAGGAUAAUGUCACAUGAGGAAUGAAAUACAAAGGACGAUACAGUGUUGGGAUUACGUGUGUAUUCGAAGGCGAGUCGGGGGUUGGCUCGGGCCGGCCGCACACCCAGAGGAGGAGGCGAUCAGCUGUUCACCAGACUGAGGCCUGAGGUGAAGGUCAAGCGAGGUCAGCACCCCACAUACUGUUACGCCGGGCUGAGAGUGGGCGAGCGGCUUCCCUGGUGGCGAAUGUGGUGCAAUCUCCCUCGAUUCCUCAUGCAGGAGCUACCCGUCCAACAUGAGAGAUUCCGCCCUCUUGUUCUGCAAUAAACACUUUGGGGUGCCGUAAUGUCGAUGGGUUGGGGAGGCAUGGUGGUGGGUCCCGGUUGGUGGGGGGGAGGAGGUGGCAACAAGAGCGCAGUUCAGCUGUUGCAGGAGAGUAAGUCACGCUAUGUCAAGAGUGACCAAGUGCUUGGCAACCGACAAGCACCAGCUCGACCUGAUCACCUGCAGAUCUCCUCCAACCCGAAUAUCUUCUUAAGUGCACCUUCACAUACGCUUCAUGUUUCGCGACCUUCCCCUGCACCUGAGCGACGCCAUGCCCUCGCAGACCACAACAGUGUAGCUAAUAUUCGCGGCCAUGCGCCUACCGGCCUCUCUCCCCCGCGUCCGCAACCAGCCGCUGGUCCUGCCUCUUUAGGGGUGCAACCUCCUCCGCUGCCAGCUCGAUCCCCUAGAAUCACGCCUCGACCUAAGGUGCGACUGCAUGGGGAUGCCCAGACCGGCCGCGCAGGAGGGGAUCUAAGGAGAUCUCUCUCUCAUGGCCCUGGCGACAGAGGGGAUGAUGUGCAGAUGAAGCUACGUCGCCUGCUCAACACGGACUCGCGAGAAAACUUGGCAGCAAUACUUACAACUCCUGACAGUAAGGAUGGGAAGGCCAAGAUACCACCACCUCCACCAAGAAGGAAUAUUAAGAGUUCUCCGUCAGGGACAUUCCGUGCAGAACCUGCAACUGUAACGACGCACAAAUCUCUGCCAGAUCUGGCUCGUGCCUCUUCCCCAGCAGGUGAGACAGACUCAGAAUGUGGGACAAGUGGCCGGAGGAGGCCGUCAUGCCCAGAAGCACUGACCUCCUCCAACACCCCACCAGAGCCGCCCCCUCGUCCGCCUCGAAUGUUUCGCGACCCUCCCCCUCCUCCCCCACAGCGUUCUCCUGACAGGCCUCCAGCUAGACCCCCACCGCCAAGAGACCAAAAAGAUUCUUCCAUGAAUUUAUUACGAGCUGGUGCCACUGGAGGGCCCUUGCUCACAGCUGAUGGCCGGCGAUCUUCAGAUAGUGAUAUAUCUGGUUAUGGAGGAACAGGGAAUGGGGUUGGGACGAGCGAAGAAGGACGGAGGCGACCCAUCCUCAGAUCGAGGUCUGAUGUGACUCAUGAGCGAGGACGUUGGGAGGAAGAUGUACGACCGAUGCUAGCCCCUUUAGACCUAGAGGCAUUCUUCGAAUCAAUGGGCUUAGAUUCUGUUACUCGGCAGCAUCUGACAUCUCCACCAUCCUCGCCUCACUCCUCACCAGUAUACUUUGAAGAAGUGUCAUCAGAGGAAUCGGGUCCAACUGGGGGACGGAGAGGCAGCUCAGAUUCUGAUGAUGGACGAGCUGCAACAGGUCCUGGUCCUGGCCCUCCUUUGCCUCUUCGUGGAACGGGUGAACCUUCCAUAGUGGAGAAGAAUGCACGUAUUAUCAAGUGGCUGUUCAACUGCCAAAAGGCACAGGGCACUUACGUCUCACGAGUUGCUUCCACCAAAAGCUAACCACAUGCCUGCCCACAGUGUUUUACUAGUCUGUAGCCAUAACUUGCUGUGUUGCCUGAGAAAGUGUGGAGAGAUGUUCGGCAGGCGAGUGUGAACCCUCCCUCUUCUCUUUCACGGGUUAUGUUUGGCUGCUUUUCUGUGAUAAUCCGAGUGACACCUCAUAGCUCAGCACAGUCUGCUAUUUUAAUUGUCCAAUAAGAAUCUACCCUACUACUAAGGUAUCCCAUGAGACAAUGAUGAAUGUUGGAUGUUUUAAGUGUUGUUGUUUUAGAGAGUUUGUUAUUGGCUUUGGUUGGUAAGGGGUUUCAUCAAGGACUUUUUUCAGUUAAUAGAAAAAACAAGACGUGGAAAAUAUUGAUUUUAUUGAUACAAACGACAACACCAUUAUAAAGUUUUCAUCAGCCUAUUCAUCUGGUGCUGAUUACAUUAAAAGAUAUCACAUACAUGAGUUGAUAUUUACUUCUAUGUUAAUUGUCUAAUAUGACAGCAACACUUUGUUUAUAUAUUUUUUUCUAUUUCACAUUGGAAAGUAUUUUGAUAUGAUACAUGUGCAAUAACUAUAUGUGAGCCAGAAAUUUAUAUAAAGGUACAAGCCUUUACUUUAUACAGUGUAAUGUAAAAGUGGAAGGUGUUAUAGAAGAAAUGUAAUUAUUGUAGUGAGCACUUAAUAGUACUUUAACAAACAUUCACUGCCUCAUGCCUUCAUUUAUCCUAUAUUAAAUAGAUAUUUAUUAAACCUAUGGCUUUAGGGCUGGGAAACACAAAUGCUUGACCAGAGAAGGUGAAUGGAACAUCAAGGAAAGUGCAGAAUACCUGAUAUGUGAUUGGUCAUGGUAGAGGGUCAAGAAAUGUGUUUCCAGUGAUAAUGACUCUUGCAACACUUACUUUGAAAGCUUGAUAUCUUUAUUGAAAACCACAGUUCUCAUGGUAUUGUUUUUUUUUUACAGAAAUAUUAAAUUUAUAAUCUAUAAGAGUGUUCUGUAAUAUGAUAUAAAAAAAAAUCAUGAAGUAAAGUUUGUGAAAAGGAUAUUUCUUGAUCAUCUAAAAAGAAUAUCAAGAUUUCAAUGCUUUUUUUCAGUAUAACUCCAAUGCCAAUAACAACUCUCUACUCUGUGUUUGUGAGCAUUGCCCAAGAAUUUAGUGAUCAUUCUCUUGGUUACUCUUGAAGGGACUGUGUUGUACCUGAACAUGCCUGGGACCGGUGCUUCUUGAGAUGCAUCUAGUCAGGGGCCCAAUUACUGUAGUACUUGGCACCUUCACCCUAGAGGCGUACCAAAUCUUACUGACGGGUACAUAUUCUAAUGUGGAGAAUGCGAUAGGCAGAAAUUUGGGGAAGUACGCAUAGAGUGCAUCAGUUGUGUCAUUACUUAAUUAAAAGGUUUUAGCUGUUCAAGGAGGAUAACACACAAGAACUUCCCAGAGAGGAAACCAGUAUUGUUGGUCUUUUUAUUAUGAUUUUUGCAUAGUUAAUGCAGAAGAGAAACUACAAGUGUGAGCAUGAAUUUCAGCAAGUAGGUCUUCCUGUGCUUUAUACAUGAUAUUAGUUUGCAAUAGAUGGAGCAAAGACUGGAAGUUAGGUUGUCAUUUGUUAAGGAGAGUGUAUGGCUUGCUCGUAAAACUUGCAUUCAUUCAUUAUUACCUUCUUUUAUUGGAAUAGAAGCUGUAAUCAUUGAGGUAAACAUCUUUCCAACAUUAUAAAUGGACAUCUUUUCCAAAAGAUUUGAUAAUCACUGUAAUGGUCUGCAUUAUGCUUAAAUUAAAUGUUGAGAAACUGUGCCACAGUUAUUAGAGAGAUUCAUUAUAUAGAGAAUGAUAUUUGGUUGCUAACUCAUUUGAGAAAUUUCAAUUAAUUAUAAAGAGUAGCACUACAUGUAGGUAGGAUGUAGAGCAUUAUGUAGUCCAUAACAAUGUUGGUAUUAAUGUUUAGGAACAUUGCAGACCCUCAAUUAAGUUCAUUAUAUCUGUAAGAAAUAGGUAACAAGAUUGACAAAUCAUAUUUGUAAAGAAGUACCUUUUUCUUUAAAGUUGACAGAUAUGGAAUGAUUAUAAUUUGAAGUAUGUCUUUGAUGUAUCCAGAUCACCAUGUAAUAUUUUCUCUCCUCUUUUCAGUUACACCAAUUACCAGUCAUAAUUACAUUUAAGAAUAGAAAAGCCCGAAUUUCAGUACACGCCUCUUGAAGGAUAUUAGAAAAAGAAUAAUAAUCAAAAUUUGUGUUGUAGAAAGCAGUACCGAGUAUAACUCGUGCAUAUUUUUGUAAUGGCUAUUGCCAAUUAGUUUUUCAUGGUCUUGAGAAUCCAAGUUAUUCUUCACAUGGAAUUUGGAAAUUAUGGAAUGAAUUUGAUAAUGGUAGCACUUGAAUGAUGUGUCAGCUCGGGGGAAAACAAGUACUCAAAAGCUCAAUCUCUUUUAAUAAUUUCUCUGCAAACAAUUUUUCUUACGAAGAACACCUUCCAAAAACUCGAGUUAUUGGGACCUUUAUAAUGCACACUUUCACCUCGACAUGGUGUCACAUGCUUAAUGUCUUGCAUUUGAUGUUACUGCUACUUUCAAUCCCUUUUGUACUGCUUAUCAUAGUUGGUGCACUAGAGGUCAUAAGCAUCAUAUGAAUUAUAUGUGGCUGUUUCUCUUCAUAUGAAAAGUUUGGAAAGAAAUAUAAAGCUUUUGACUUGUACGUUUGAUGAAAGCAUUUCUGCAUAUAGUUUCAGGCUCCAGAUUCUUUGCAGUGUACUGAAAGGUUAUUUACAAUUGUAAGUUGAACAAUCAAAUGGGUAUCUAUUAUAAAAAUCAUUUUAUUGAAGUAGGGUUAUAGAAAUAUCACACACUAUCCAAUAUUGAAAAGUAUGUCAUCUGUUUUUUCAUUGCAUAUGUACCUAGUAACCUGUAUUUGAGCUUAAUUAGUUUUAACUGAAAUGACCAUACAACUUAAAGGUUAACAACAAAUUUAAAGGUAUUGCUCUUGUUAAGAUUAUAUGCAAAGACACUGCAAACUCUUGUAUCCUGUCUUACCUGCAGAUCUGUUAUAGAUUUAUAACUUUUGUAUGUAGAUGGUCCUCACAACUCUGCAUUGCUUUUAGAUGUUAAAUACAAAAAAGGAACAUGUUAGAUAAAUUACAAGUUCAGUUAUGCAGUAGUAGUGGCAGAUGUUUGUUCUUUAAGUGUAAUUGAGUUGAAAGCAGAAUAUCAAAAGUGCAUAUAAAAAAAAGGGUUAGAUGAAAGUAUGAAAAUUGCAAAAUCAAAUGUUGUAAAACAUUUGUUGAUUAUUCUUAGGAAAGAAAUUGAUUUUUUGAUAUUUAGUUGUAACUACAAUAACAUCUAGUCAAAAGAGGAGGAAGAAUCUGCUAUGAUUGUGAAGGUAAAUAGGAAUUCAGGUUCUUAAUUUAUAGGUAAUACUAUCUUUGAAUAUGAAGCCAAGGCUGGUACUGACCAAUUACGUCUUAGGAACUAUUUCUAUACGGCUGAUUUAGACUGCAUUUGCAUGGGCUUUUGAAGAAAGAAUUGGAAGGUUGGGUGUUGCACCCUGCUACCAGUCCUCUUACAUGGUUACUGCCAGUUCUGCUAGUGCUAUAGAACAGAAUGUUUGAGUAAUAUAUCUGCUGGAAGUGGUGAUAGGAGCUUAGUGUAGAUCAGUGAUACCCCAGCUUUAAAAGUUGUGUAGGAGUUAUAAAGAUUCUAGGUAGCAAUGCAGAGUAAAGUAAUGUUGCAGUUAAAUUCCUCUCCACAUUUGCAAAAAAGAUUAUUCCUUUUUACUGACACUUUUACUAAGUAUUGUAAUUUUAAAACUAUGACUUGAAAUUAUUUACAGAAGUAAUAGUAUUACAAUUAUAUAAGAUUUCUGAAUUUUGAUGGACGGUACACUGUUUGAAUAUUUUAGGCUCGGUCUUGCCUAAGUUCACACAACAUGCAAUUGUGCUCUGCAAGCAGUUUUAAGAAAUAAGAAUAAUACUGCCAGGAUUUAAGUAAGGUGAAUAAUAUUUUCAUGCUAAGAGUAAGCAACAGUUUUGUGUAAGGCAUUGAUUGUGACUAUUUUUUAUAUAUAACUUUUCAUCAAUGAAAACCAUUCCAUCACAGUAUAUGCAAUGGAAGUUUUAAGAAAGAUUGUAUGAGUGGAUCCAUCAGGAGAAUUACAGGAAUGACAGUUUGUACGUUCACGAUUUACCUUCAGAAUUUGAGUACUCUUUCUUUUUGACUGUAUAUUUCCUUAGUCAUAAUGGAAUACAUUAAAUAUCUAUAGAAAAUUAUGUGUAUAUAUGGUACAGGUGAUAAGUGAAGUCCAAGAACAAGGAACUGUAGGUGAUUUUAUAGGUAUUGGCUCAGGGUGCUCAAAAAAGUUAAGACUGAAAUAGUGCAUAUAUCAAAAGACAUGUGUAGCUUUUGUAUAUAUAUUUAAAUGUAUUGUAUUCAGCAUAAUGCCCCCAUUAUAUAACAGAACAUUCCCACAUACUGGGCAUAUUUUUAUUAUGGAAAUAUUUGUAUAAUGCACUUUAUCGCAACACCAGUAAAUUUUCUCUUUGGCAGUAAAAGAUGGUCUGAGAAAUGUAUUUGCUGUUUCUUUGUUAUUGUUAUUUUGAAUGCAUAAGAGAUGAUAAAGCAUUAGCAAAACUAUAUAUAUUAUUUUAUUCUAAUUUUAUAUCAAGCUUUGCAAACAUGACAGUUUGGUACAGAGCUAUCAACAAAUGCGGUUUCUACAAAAAAAUACCUUGGGUAGAUGAUAUGUGAUUCACAUUUAUAUAUUUUUUAUAUAUAUAUCAUUAUCUGCACAUUGCCCUUGAUAUAUCUUGAAUCUGAUAUUGUGUGAGUUCUUGUUGUAGUAUCUUAACACUGUAGAAUAAUAACCAAUCAGUAUUUAAGUAUUUGUAUUAAUGUGUUUAUAUUGACUUUUACAGUGAAUUUAUAUUAUGUAUGAUGUCUUAAAUAGAUCUGAAAAAAAUCUAAAUAUAUUUUCAUUAUCAACAUUUACCCAUUCCAUAAACUUGUGCAAUUAUACAAAAAAGAUCAACUUUAAAGUGGUUAUUUUAUAUUUUGUAUUGUUAUCAGGCAGCUUGGAUCCUCAAACAAUUUCUUACUAUCAAACACACGAAUGGCUGAUCUGAUACCAACUUCAAUAUAUAUCCUACUAGCCUUCUCAUCUCAUUUUGUAAAAAUAGUUAA